CUCACUCGUGAUACCAAGGACACUUUCAUUCCGCAUUUCAUCCAGCACAAACGGACUAACCAUGGCCUCUGACACUAUCGGCAUUUUCAACUACAUGUUGGCUCCGUCUGACGGCUCUCGGCCUUACAAUACCAUUAACUCAGAUGGCGCCACCGGAAAGCGAGCCCGCAACUGGGCCGAGGACACGCAUGAUAUACGAAUUGAGGAUGUGCGCGGGAAGGAGGAGCUUUAUAAGCUCGACAUUGCUGGGUUUCAGUAUGGGCGAGAAGCGGCGAAACAUGCCAGCUUCUUGAAUGAUGAUGAGGUCGAGCGCGAAUACUACCCUGAGAGCAUCGACCUUAUCAAGAGGGUUACGGGAGCAACCAGGAUUGUCAUCUUCGAUCAUACUAUUCGUCGCCGUCGCCCAGGCGAGGUAGAUGAUGGCCCACAGAAACGUCAACCAGUUCCGCUGGUUCAUGUGGACCAAACGACUGCAUCGUCCAUUGCUCGUGUUCAUAGGCAUCUCCCGCCAACAGAAGCUCCUUCCCUCCUUCGAAGACGCUUCCAAAUCGUUAACCUUUGGCGUCCUAUAUCACAUGCGGCUGUAGAUUGGCCGCUUGCACUAUGUGACUUCCGGAGUAUUGAUUACGAGAAAGACUUGGUACCUGUCACUCUUGUAUACCCUGACCACGAGGGUGAAACAUUUGGAGUCAAAUACAGCCCAAAGCACCAGUGGAAAUACAUGAAGGCGAUGACCCCAGAAGAGUUUGUUCUUAUCAAAUGCUUUGACUCGGUACAAGAUGGCAGUGUCGCGAGGCUCACGCCUCAUACUGGCUUCCAAGACCCGAACACUCCAGAGGGAGCGCCGCUUCGGGAAUCCAUCGAGCUGAGGGCUCUGGUAUUCUAUGAUUAGAAGGCGUUUUUUUGACUGGCGUUCAGAAUCAACAA